AUGGCCCGCACAAAGCAGACUGCUCGUAAAUCCACCGGAGGCAAGGCACCCCGGAAGCAACUUGCUGCCAAGUCGCAGGCGCGUAAGACUGCCGCCGUAAGUGCUGCUACUGGUGGUGUAAAGAAGCCUCAUCGUUUCAGGCCAGGAACAGUUGCUCUUCGUGAAAUCCGUCGGUACCAAAAGUCAACAGAGUUGCUCAUCCGUAAGCUGCCGUUCCAGCGUCUCGUCCGUGAGAUUGCACAGGACUUCAAGACGGACCUUCGCUUCCAAUCUUCCGCCGUCAUGGCAUUGCAGGAGGCAUCCGAAGCCUACCUCGUCUCACUCUUCGAAGACACGAACCUUGCUGCUAUCCACGCAAAGCGUGUUACCAUCCAACCGAAGGACCUUGCCCUCGCUCGUCGUCUCCGUGGCGAGAGGACGUGAGCAUAGGUUAUCAUACCUUUGCUUUCACACUUUGGUCCAUGUCGUCCCAUCCACUUCGUAGCAUUAUUCAUCUACUGUAAUCUUAUUCUGUAUGACCAUCCUUCCCCUUUGUUCUUUCGUAUGUCAUUUGGCCUGGUAGACAUGUUCUAUGACAAUAUGAUGCAUUCUGCAACUCC